AUGGAGGCCGGUCAGUACUACAUAACUGGAGCUGUAAACAGAUUCAUCAGGCCACAGCCCGCUGACACUGUCAACAAUGACCCAAACACAAAUCAGGAAUCUGCAGCUGAAAUCAAGCACCCUCCCUCUGACUCAACAGAGGGUGACAGUAGCAGAGAAGGUGUCGAGGAGGAGCAGCUUGUCGCAACAUCCUCUCUGCUGAGCUCGUCUCGCCCCGUUGUCGAAUGGGAACUUUGCACCACAGAAAUCGAGUUAGGGGUUGAUGAAGAAAACAUGCAGUACAAAUCCCAGCUGAGAAAAGUCGACGAGAGCAAAGAGGAUGGUGAGGGCAAGAGAGAGGACAAGACAGGAAAUGAUUCAAGAGCAAAAGAAGACAAACGACAGACGAUGGAGAUCGAAAAAAUGCCCACUUGUGCAGGACUUGCAGGGCCUGGAAAUGAUGAACAUGAACAUGCCGCUUCUGGACCCCAAAAUUUUUCCGAGGUUGCAACAUGCCAAGAAACAACUGAGGAGGAGACUGAUGCUGAGAAUGCAACGGAAGACCUUGAAGCAGAAGACUCUGAGAGAAAAGAAGAAGAUGAUGAUAAACUGUGCAGUGAAGAUGAGCGAGAGUUAAAAGCAGAAAACACUGAGGUAAAAGCAUGCAUAGCUGCAGGUAUAAGUCCAGAUGAUAUGGAUCACAUGCAGAAAGGAGAGUUAGAGGUACAGGAGCAUGAUGCAGUGUUAUUGGAUGAUCUUUCAGGAAGGGAGGAACUUGUUAAAGAAACCCGACUGAAGGAAGAAAAUGCUAAAGCAGAUCAUGAAAAGGAACAAGAUUUAGUAGCAGAAGCCACUGAAGUAACAGAGGAAUAUAACAACAUGCACUGUGAUGAUGACAAUUUGGUAGCAGAAAACAAUGCGUUCAAAGUAUGCAUGACAAAAUGUCCAAAAGAGGAGGAUUACGUACACGAAGGGGAAGGAGAGGUACAAAGGAUUGAUGCGGUGACACCAGAUCAUCAUCCAAGAGAGGACCAAAUUAUCAAAGACACCCAAAUAAAGGAAGAAGAUGAUACAUUUCAUCAUGAAGAAGAGCGAGAUUUAGAAGCAGACACAGAGAUAAACGUGUGCAGUAUCAAAGAUAUAAGUCCAGAAGAUCAGGCUCAUACGUACGAAGGAGAGGCAGAGGUACAGAAGAAUGAUGCAGUGACACUGGAUGCUCAUCCAAAAGAGGAUAAAAUUACUGAAGAAACUCGAUUAGAAGAAGAAGAUGAUAAAAUGCAGCAUGAAGAUGAACAAGAUUUGGAAGCAGAAGACACUGAGAUAAAAGUGUGCAUAACUACAGAUAUUAGUCCAGUAGUGGAUGAUCACAAGCAGGAA